ACUGAGGAAUUUAACCAGUCAGAGGAUCCUAAAGGGCGGGAAUGCAUUCAAAGCACAGAGAAGGGGGUGUUUCCGUGUCAUUUUUCCUUCUCUUAGCCUCACCCUUUCCUCUGUAUUGCACUCAGUGAGCUGCAGAGGAAUGAGCACAAUGUGGAAAACAGCAGCGUUUGUGUUCCUGCUGCUGAACAUGGACAUGCAGGUGAAUGGUGCUGUGGAUAAAACAAAAGGGUCUGCGGCAGACAACUCCAGACCAGAGAAGAAGGUGAAAACAGAAGAGGCUGAAACCACUGAAAACACCCCUGCAGGUGACUCUGCUUCUCCAGGUUUCUUGGGAAAAUUGCUGGUGGUGCCCAUGGAUGGGAGUCACUGGGUGGGUAUGAAGGCAGUAGUCCAAGAAAUGGGUCGCCGUGGACACCAGGUCACCGUUGUGAUACCAGAAGUCAGCAUACGGUUGGGUCCAGCGGAUUUCUACGACAUUGUGACCUAUCCUGUUCCUUAUGAGAAGGCUUAUAUUGAUUCUAUCAUGUCCACACACAAGGACAUUUUGCAGAAAUCUGCACAGUCCUUCAUGGAGAAGAUAAGGAAACAAUUUGCGCAAAUUCAGAAGAUUACAGGCUUUAUCCACACCACGGCAGAGAGCCUGCUGUUCAAUGACAGUGUGAUCUCACAUCUGGCACAGCAGAACUUCGAUGCCGUCCUAACAGACCCCAUGGUGCCCACAGGCUCAUUAAUAGCGCGGAAAUUAGGUCUCCCCACUAUAAAUUUGCUGAGGGGAAUUCCAUGUGGUUUGGAUAUGAAGUCUGCAGGCUGCCCCUCGCCGCCCUCAUAUGUGCCCCGCUACUUCACCAGAUACACAGAUAAGAUGAGCUUCAAGGAGAGGACGUUCAACACUUUGGUUGCUUUACUGGAGCCGCUGCUAUGCAAACUGCUCUACUGGCACUUUGACAACAUAGCCUAUCGUUUCCUGGGAGAGGAGGUGGGCGUAGCUGAAGUGCUGUCGGACUCUGCUAUCUGGCUGCUGAGGAUGGACUUCACACUGGAUUUCCCACACCCACUCAUGCCUAACGUUGUACUAGUUGGUGGAAUCAACUGUGACGUGAGAAAUCCUCUGCCUGAAGAUUUGGAGUCCUGGGUGUCGGGAGAACAUGGGUUUGUGGUGUUCACUCUGGGUACCAUGGUGUCAGAGAUGCCAGUAGAGACGACAGCUGUCUUCCUAGAAGCCUUUAGACAGAUUCCACAGAAGGUAAUAUGGAGGUACACUGGGCCGGUUCCUGACAGCAUCCCAGAAAAUGUGAAGCUGAUGAAUUGGGUGCCUCAGAAUGACCUGCUAGCACAUCCUGGAGCUCGGGCUUUCAUCACUCACGCUGGCUCCCAUGGUCUCUUUGAGGGACUGUGCCACGCUGUUCCCAUGGUGUUGGUGCCAAUUUCAGCAGAGCAGCCUGACAACGCGGCGAGGUUGGUGAGCAGAAAAGCCGGAGUCGUGUUGGACAUUUUUUCGAUCACUACAGAAAACCUUCUUCAGGCACUGAAUGAGGUCAUCAAUGAUACCAGGUAUAAAGAGAACAUACAGAAGCUGUCAGCUCUCCAUAAAGACCGGCCACUUGACCCUCUUGACCUCUCAGUGUACUGGACAGAAUUUGUGAUGCGGCACAAAGGGGCCAAACAUCUCAGACCUGCUGUCCAUGACCUCAACUGGUUCCAGUACCACUCUCUGGAUGUAAUAACACUGCUGGUUACUGUGGUGCUCGUUAUUGUAAUAGUGACAGUGAAAUGCUUGAAACUCUGCCUCCGGAAACUGAACAAGAAGAGGAAGCAGGACUGAGCUGGUACUAUGUUUGCACCUUCAUCUCAGCAACAACACUGUAUAUUAAUGGAGAUUAAAACCUCAUCAUUAUUAUUGAAAUAUUAAAGGGUGAUUUCUGUAUUUUUCAGCCUGGACCCGUUUUUCCUCAUGUUUUUUGUGUCUCAGUGACCAACUGAAACUGGUCCAGUAUCGAGCAAGAGGGCUGCAGCCAUUAAACAGGCUGAAAUGUAAUCACCUAGGGCAUAUGCACGUUCAAUUUAUGUCCACUGAAAGUGUUUGUUUUGUCACUGACAGGCCCACAUUGUUAUACUAAGUGUCUGACAACAUUAUGGAAAGGAUCCCUACAGAGAUAGACCUUUUUGUUGAACCAGAAACAGCCCCAAAGUCAAUCUCACCCAACACACCAGACCCCAUUCAAAUUAACUGUAAUUUUAGCGUGUAUAGAGCCAGCAUAUUUUCACAUUUAACUGAGUGAAUUAAAGGUUUAUUUCAACUAAACCAGAGUUGGUGGUUGUUGGAGCAGUGGAAGGACGAACCAAGGUGGCUUUUGUCAAUUUAUUUUGUUUCUGCGAACUUUUACUGAACUGUGUUUUAUGAUAAUAAAAUUACUGUUUAUUUAAAUGGGGUCUGGUGGGGCUGGCAAUAGCCAUUUUGUGUCCUUUUCUGGUUAACCAAAAGGAUUUUAUUCUUUGACAAGAGGGUCUAUUUCUGUAGGGAUCAUUUCCGUAAUCAUAUCAGAUACCUGGAAUAACAAUCUGAGUCUGUCAGUGACAAAAACAAACACUUUGAGUGGACAUACACUGACGGUGCAAACAUGCUCCAAGUGGUUACACUGCAGCUAUCUUCAUGGCUUCUCCUUCGGCGGCUUCGCUCAAUACUGGCUCAAUUUAAAAAAUGUUGUUGCCAUU